GUCUGACACUGUUUGUUUAGCUGCGAUGGCGGCAGAUGGACCAUCAUGCACAUGUACUGAUCAUUAUUAAAUGGAAAAAAAUAAAUUCAGUAUUAAUUUGGACGAUUCAGCAUUCACCAAGGAAAGAAGUCCGGUGGCACCUUUGUUCAAGGCCAAAGAUGGCCAGGUAGAGGCCUCAUCUGCUCAGAGCGCUCCGCCAGCUCCGGGCCAACUACUGUCCUAUGCCGAGUUCAUCGUUCAGACCAAAAACAGGGGGCAACAGGGUACAGCCCAUGGACCAGAAAAACAAACAUCUGCUGCUCAAAGCAGGAAUUAUGCUGCAGUGCAAAGUAGUGGAAACACUGUUGGAAUUGGGUCAGUUGGUAAUUCCUCCUCAGUCUCGGGGAAACCUGAGAACGAGCAGCAGGAACCAUCUGAGGUACCAACAAUAGAGCAGUCAAAAGAGGAUGGGCAGUGUUCGGAGAGUUGUGUCAUUUCUCCUCAUGUUAUAGGAUCAGGAAACAGUAUUAUAGUCAGUCCUCGACAGAGAGGCAACCCCAUCCUGAAGUUUGUGAGAAAUGUUCCUUGGGAGUUUGGAGAAGUGGUACCAGACUAUGUUUUGGGGCGGACAACAUGUGCUCUCUUUCUCAGUGUGCGUUACCAUAAUCUGAACCCAAACUACAUCCAUGAGCGCCUGAAACAACUGGGACAAAGUUUUGCUCUCCGAGUGUUGCUUGUCCAAGUUGACGUGAAAGACCCUCAUCAUGCACUGAAAGAGCUCGCUCGAAUAUGCAUCAUGGCUGACUGUACCCUUAUACUGGCCUGGAGCCCUGAAGAAGCUGGUCGUUACCUUGAGACAUAUAAAUCCUAUGAGAAGAAACCUGCAGACCUCCUGAAAGAACAAGUGGAGAAAAAUUACCUGUCCCAGGUUACAGAUUGUUUAACCACAGUAAAGUCAGUCAAUAAGACAGAUUGCAUGACCCUCCUGUCUACUUUUUCUUCUCUGGAGGGCAUCAUCAAUGCUUCUAAGGAGGAGCUUGUUUUGUGCCCAGGACUCGGCCCACAGAAGGCAAGAAGGCUUUAUGAUGCACUGCACCAGGCCUUCAUAAAAACCAAGAAGAAGGAAAGCAGAUAAAGACAGGUUGCAUUUCAAGAAGUCAUCAAGUGUUUUAGAACAGAGGGCCUAGUGUAAGAUCCAGAGCUACAAUAGCACAUGGUCCUCUGGAAGCUUAACUUGAGCAUUUGGUUUAUAAUGGUCUCUGCCUGUAAGUGGGGCAUAAACAGACUUAUACAAUACGCAGUGAUAUAAAUUGUGUAUUGUGGUUUCUAGGGCUAAAUGUUACCUCCUUUUUGUAAUUUCAAAUGUGUGUUCUGAUCAAGAUGGAUGUAGCGAGAUUAUUAUUAUUUUUAAUUAAAUAUAAUGUCAUAAAC